UGGAAACACCACCGGCACGUCGAGACUACUUCAAGGGAUUCCACCGUCAUGACGGUUCCGAGUAUAAAAAUAUAACUUAUAUACCCCAGGCGCCGUCCAGUCAAUGCUGUUCUAACAUAACGUCUGUCUGUCGAGUAAUGGUCAUUUCGAGUUCUGGUCAAUUUCACUGCAUCUGGCCGUCUUCUUAAAAAAAGCUUCGCGGAAAGACAUUCAAGUGUUUACAUUUGGCUAUUGUACUCAAACACCCCUUCGUUGUGCACACGGAAUCCUAACAUUAACAUCGAUCACUAAAAAAAUACUCGGCAACAUUGUUCGAUGUUACACACAAACCUCUGCUUUCUUACCGAUAAUUAGCUAUGUAAUUUAGUAACUAAUCGUCCAAACGUUUUAUGUUGUCUAGCGAUUGGACCGGCGCCGUUUUCAUUUCAACGCUAUCGCAUUACAACGGAAACCGCCACAGGAUUUCUGGUUAUUGUUUUCCCAACGUGGUAGUCGAUGGCUUGUUCGGCAGACAGUGUGGCGCGGAGAGGUUUUGUUCCGACCACAUAUUACAUCACUGACACUCGUACGACAGACAACUUUGUUUACUUAAGCAUUGCCAACUAUUAGCUAUGCGAUUACCAGUUAACUUAUCACAGUGAAUUUGUCUAAACGGACACUUGAGUUAGAUGCACAUUCGUCACAUCGAAAUUUUCUUAAUAUUCCUCUUUCGAAAUUAUACUUUCCCAUAUGAAAAUAUAGUACGUUUUAUAUAAUAAUUCAGUGAUAUACUCGGGUGAGGGGCUAAGGAGCUAGAGCCCUUUCACAAAUGGCCAUGUUAUAAAAUUAUCAUCCCGUUUAAAAAAAUUACACGAUUAAUAGUUCUUUUUAACUAGUAAAAUUUAUUUAAAAGUUACAUAAAUUGGCUGAAAUAAUGGUAACUAAGGAUAAUUUUCUGUAUAAAAAGUAAAAAACAAUAUAGCUUGAAUUCAGUUCGUUUUGAAUUACCGCCCGUGUUUUUCCAUAGUGAUAAUUACGUACCGAUUUUUAUACGCUUUUUAACAAUAUUAAUUUCGUUUAAACAUAAAUUUUUCGCAAACUAAAUUUAUCGAAACAAUGGAUUCAUUUCUUAUUUGUUCGACUAUGGCGAUUGCAUAUUUUGUUAUUCCUGUUCCAUUUAUACAGGAUCUCGCUUUAGGUGGAAUUUUAGUAUUCUCGUUUCUCAUAUACUUGAACAAUGAACUGUUCAAGGAGAAAAAAACUGCAUCUCUUAUUGGAAAUUCAAUUAUGGAUAGCAAAUCUACUUUGAUUGCAAGUCCAAAUACUACGCCUAUUUUGCCAGAUAUUUCAACUACAGGCCGAAAAUUUACAGAUGCAUCAGCACAAACUAUUGCCGUUGAAACCGAAAAAAACAUUUUUUCAAACAAUAAUACAACUGACAAUUCAUUUGAAACCGACCUACCAAAUAACGACAUUGCCGACACUGACUCGCUCUGUCAGCUUCAUAACGCUAUAGAGGAGAAGAAUAUUUCAACCCAAAUAUGUAACUCGGCUGAAACAACUCAAUUGCAUACACCGGAGUCCGCUUUUAAUGAUAGCACAGCACCAAUUAAACUUAAUUACAACACUAAUAGCUCCAAUAAUACUCGCCCUCGUGAUGUCCCAAAAUACUUGUGGGACAAGAGACACUUUCUGUUUACAAAAUUUGAUAACGGAAUUCUCUUGGAUUGUGAAUCAUUUUAUUGUGUGUGCCCUGAAAUUUUGAGCAAACAUAUUUCAAAAAGGUGUAAGGGUCACAAUGUAGCAAUGAACCCAUUUUGUGGCGUCGGAGGAAAUGCAAUACAAUUAGCAAUGAAAUAUGAAAAAGUCAUAGCAAUAGACAUUGAUCCAAAAAAAUUGGAAUUUGCUAAAAAAAAUGCAGAAAUUUACGGUGUGAGAGAUAAAAUUAAGUUUAUUAUGGGCGACUUUUUUGCUAUAGCAAAUGAUUUAAAAAAAUACAAGCCUGAAAUAAUUGUAACUUCAACUCCAUGGGGAGAACCAUCGUACAUAAACCACCGAAUAUACAAUUCGAAGAAAAACAUGUGCACUGACUAUGAAAAAGGAGGACGAGCAAUCCUCAAAUUGGCCAGAAGAAUUGCUCCUAAUGUAGCAAUGCACUUACCAAAAAGUACCAGACGAAAUGAAUUGUACAAAUUAGGAAAGUACUUUAAUAACAAUAUAGAAAUCCAGAAAAAUUUUAUCAACAGAAAACUGGAUUCUAUCACAGCAUAUUUUGGAAAAUUCUACAAUAUGAACGCAUAUUAUACACAAACUGAUAUAAGAUUAUUCAAUCGAAAUAAAUAACAUAAUUAAUUUCAAAAUAAUAUGACAUUAUUCAUAUGAAAAUUAAAAUAUAUUUUUAAAUAAUUGUAUCAUAUUAAAUAUUAUAUUUUAUAUAUUAUAUUGUAAAAACCUAA